GUUGCUUGAGACGCUCGUCUGCGAGUCAGCUCCCUCAGAUACGCUGCUGGUUUACGGCGUGCCGUAACACGACACGUUUGGAGGGACUUACGCUGCAACGCGUGUGUUAUUGUGGUCUGUGAACACUGGAUACUGUGCUAAGUGCUGUGACCAUGUAUAUAUGCUGAGUUUACAAGUUCCGUCUCCGCUUUAAAGGAUUUUUGACAACACCGCUAGUUCCGGAAUCAGUUCAGCCGAUCAUCGUAAUGAAAGUAGUUAGUCUUCAAUUGCCGUCCGGGCCGAGUAUGGAGCGGCUUCCGCUACCGUUCAGUCCGACCGAACUCUUGUGGCGCUAUCCCUUGCCGUGGGCGCCGCCGCCGCCCUCACCCCUCGGCGAUACGAAGGCCCAGCUGCCGGCGGGUCUUCCUCCAGAACCUAGACUAUGGACUCGUGAAGAUGUCUCCGUGUUCUUGAAAUGGUGCGAAAGAGAAUUCGAUCUGCCUAACUUCGACAUGGAUCUCUUCCAAAUGAAUGGUAAAGCUUUGUGUCUUCUGACCAAAACCGACUUGGGUGAGAGAUGUCCGGGGGCUGGAGACGUGCUUCACAACGUUCUCCAGAUGUUGGUCCGAGACGCCGCUCUUCUUGGGCGAGUGCCUUCUUCUCCAGUGACGCCCACAGCUCGGGGCGCGCCGUACCCACCGUCGCCGCACUCUCACCCGCCCACACCGACGUGGACGGUGGACGGGUUCCAUCACUUCCAUACCGCGGCGGCCGCUGCCCAACCGAACUCCGUAACGUUAAGCCCAGCCCCGUCAGUGGACAGUUCAGGGAGUCCGCAGAGAGGGGAAACCCUGAGCUACGCCCCCGCCUACGCGCAACCUGUCCCCGUCAGUACUCAGGCCGUGAGUUCCGGCAGUAAUCAGUCGGACUCCGAUGAGGAAGCUCAGUUUGCGCCACAGUCGAGAUCACCCAAGGACGCUCCUCUAAACAGUGUGACCCCGCAGACACACGCAGCUCCACAACACUCUCAUUAUCGCGCACAACAUAGAGAAUUCUUCCCAAAUGAUAUGCCCGAAUCAAAUACAAAUGGAAGACUCUUGUGGGAUUUCCUUCAGCAACUUCUAAAUGACCCAACUCAACGAUACACCAACUACAUCGCCUGGAAGAACAGAGAAACUGGUGUAUUCAAAAUCGUGGACCCAGCUGGGCUGGCCAAGCUAUGGGGGAUACAGAAGAACCACUUAUCGAUGAACUACGAUAAGAUGUCGCGCGCCCUCCGGUACUACUACCGCGUCAAUAUUCUGCGAAAAGUCCAGGGCGAGCGACACUGCUACCAAUUCUUGAGAAACCCAACCGAGCUGAAGAACAUCAAGAACAUCUCGCUGUUACGGCAGCAGAUGAGUCCGACGCGGGUCGCCCAGCAGCCGGCCGUGAAGGCGGAGCUCAAGGACGAGAGGUGCGAGGAGGAGAACGACGACGACAUGCCCACCGACCUCAGCAUGAACGGCGCCGAGCCCUGGCGCAAGCGGCCGCGCACCGAGCCCGCGCGGGACAAGCACCGCAUCAGCGCGCUCAUCGGAGACGCCAUCAUGAAGCGGGAACCCGACUACCCCGAGCACUACGCGCUCAACUUGAAAAGUGAAAAAUGCGAACAAUGAUCCGCGUGUGAACUGUGCGUGUGACCGGGACGCUCCUACCGCAUACGUCUAGUCGAACUCCUCUCAGGUUACUCGUCUUCCGUGAAAGAGAUAUGAAAACAUUAUUAUAAGCUGAGAGCACUUUGAUCAGAUCCAUGGUACGAGUUACAGGGUAUGGACCUAGAGAAUGCCUUUGUGCCAAGUGAUUUAUAUUAAGCGUCAAUUACGUAGUUAGCAAAAGGGGUCAAGAGUUUAUUUGUGUUAUGUCAUAGAGACUAUUUUAAUACUUCGUGCAAUGGACCAUAAACGGCCGACAGCAGUUCGGGUGCAGUUAAGAAUUAAAAAUUGCCAAAUCAACAAACUGGACACUUCGACUCGUCUCGAAUGGAUACGCGAUGGAAAUGCAUUUUGUUAAUUAAUUUAAUUGUGUACUUUUAUGUUUAUAUUUUUAUAACCAUAGAUGAAAAAGAAACGUUUGAACACACGUGAGUUAUCUCGUCUUCCAUUAAUUUUUUUUUUUUUUUUCGUGAACAUUUCAAUCGUUGCCUGUGAAAGAUUGUGAAGGCUACCACGUCACUGACUGCGGCGACUCGUCUGAUUAUUUUUAUAUCUUCAAAUCUAAUUUUUUUUAUUUUAUGAUUAACGAGUAAAAGACAAUACACCACACUAACCUACCUUAUUAGCGAUGCCUUUAAAUCAAAAUGUUUAACCACUGUGAUAUAUAAGGUGGUAGUCUUUAGAUUACGCUAGGACUCACUCAUGACUUCCAGCUACAAUUUUCUGUGAUCUCUUUUUAACAAUAUAAGUAAAAUAAAUGAUGUCAAAAAAUAUUGAUUUUGUAAAUAUUAGAUAAUUAUUAAGUUAGUUUAAGUACCAAAAGAGUGUAUGUAUGAUUUGUCAAACAAAAUGUGGAGCUUUAUGUACCUAGGUAUCGGUAAAAAUUGUUACAAGUGACUUUGUAUUUUUUCUAUGAGGCAUCAGCCGAGAUUUCCAACUUGAACGCAAUGUUUAUAAAUAUAAUCUUAAAUAUUGUGGCUGAAUUAUAAUUUAAAAAUAAAUGAAAAUGAUAUUCACAA